AUGGCAAAGGAUAAAGAUAAAGGAAAUUUAACAGGUUUCUUAUUUGGUAAUGUUAAGGAAUCUGGUGAAUUAGAUGUUGAAGAUAAUGAUCAAGUAUUUAAAGAUUUAAAAAAAGAUUUAGAAUUAUUUGCAAAAAGUAGCCAACAUAUUUCAUUUAAAAAAACAUUGGGUAUUGAUGAAGAAGAUAAAACGGUUGGUGAUCAAAUAAUUAUACCAGAUAAAAAUGCAAAGGAUUUCGAAGACGAAGACGAAAUGAUUGAUGAGAUUCAGACAGCAGAAAAUGAAAUAAAUAAAUUGAAUGCAGAUACAUUAGCGAAAGCUGCAUUGCAGAGAAUUCAGCAGCAACAAAAGCAACGUGAGGAUGAAGAAAAAUUGAAGCUAUUGCAACAACAAGAGUUAGAAAAGAGAAAACAGGAAAGACAUCAAAAGCAUGUAAAAAAAGAAAAGAAGGAAAAAAAGAAAAAGAUUAUAGACGAUUUCGACUUUGAUGAGGAAGAGGAAAGUGAUGUUUCAUCAUCUGAAUCAUCAUCUAUGGAAAGUGAUGAUUAUUCGUCGUCCGAAUCAUCUGAUGAAAGAGAUAAAAAGGUAACAAUGAAGUCUGGUUCUUAUGAAGUUGUAAAGUGUUUAUUAGAAAGACCCAAUGUAUUCACGCCCGAAGAUCCAGAAUUCAAAACUUUUGUUAGUGGUAAAAGCGGUGGUUCCUUAAUUUUAAAAUUUUCACAAUUAUUUGCACCAAAAUUUCCAGAUAAACAAACAAAAAAGAAAUCGCGUAGAGUUAGAAUAUUAUUACCACAACAAGUUAAAGAAGAUUCAAUUGAAACUGAUGAGGUUCAAAUAUGGAACCAACCAUCAAAAAAACAACCAUCAACAUCAUUAAAGAAACAGACUGUUGAAAUUGAUAGCGCAACUAAAAAAUUAUUAAGACCCAAUAUGACAGGUAGUGGUGAAGAGGAGUUAGCAUCAUCAACAACAACAACACCAACAUUAACAUCAAUGUCACUAUUUAAUGCCGAUGAAGAUGAUGAAUAUGUACCAGAGCCAUUACAAGAAACUGAAAAUCAAGAAAUACUGAACUUGCUUUUAUAUACACCCGAUGAACAUUAUCAUUCUCUUCAACAAGUAGACUGGGAGGAAAAUAUCAUUUGGGAUGAAAAUAGUAUUAAAAAGAUAAAACAAUUAAAUAUUUUUAGUUUAGAUAGUAAUAAAAUGAAUAAUAAUAAUGUAAGAUCAAAGAAACAGCAACAACAGCAAAAACAGCAACACCUUCAAAAUAAACAAAAUAAACAAAAGCAGCAACAAAAAUCAAACGAAAAUUCAAUAACAGAAUUACCAAAUAAUAACGAACAACAAGAAAUUCAUAAUAUAACAAAUAAUAGUACACUAGAUGAUAUGGAUAUAUUAAAAACAAAAAUUGAUAAAUGGUCAUUAUUUCCAAUCUCCAAUGAAGAAUUAGAAAGUGGCGAAUGGGUAGAAAACAUCAUAUGGGACGAGUCAAUGGUUAGUGAAAAGUUGCCAGUUGUUGCUAAAUUAGUUUUAGACUUAAAUGAUAGAGAAAUGUACUUUGAAGAGCACAUGGAAAAGAGUGACUCUUCGCGUGCACAGGAAGAACAGGCUCCAACUAAAAAGAAAUCAAAAAAGCGUUUAUUAUUAGAAGCUCAACAGGCAGCAGCAGCAGCAGCAUUGGCACGUGCACAAGCAGCAGCAGCAGCAGCCAAUGGUUUAACAGAAAUGACCUUCGAAGAGCAGCUCCAAAAAGAAAAAGAAGAAGAAGAAAGACGUGAGCGUGAAGAGAGGGAACAAAGUCAAAGGGAAAUAGACAAGUUUAAUCUUUCAAAUGAUAAGUUUUAUAAACCAGUUAAGAAGAGUAAUGCUGUACAACAAAAUGCAGGUAAAGCCACAAUUCAACAUUCAUUACCAGGUAUUAAGCUUUCAUUAGUAAAGACUCAUUUAACCAAGGAGGAUCUCAUAUAUGCCCAUCGUCCACGUCUUUUAUUCCCAUCCAAUGUAUUAUUCAAAAUUGCACUUUAUAAUAAAGAGGGUGCGAUUACAUCAAAUGAACAAUUAAAUAGCAGCACAUCAAAUUUAAAUGGUAGCGUAAAUGGUUUAAGAACUGGUGGAGGGUUUGAUAGUUUUUCAGGUUCAUCAUCCUCAUCUCUUUCAAGUAAAAAAUCUUUACAUAAAUCAGAUUUAUCAGGCCGUGAUGGUCGUGUUGUACUUGUCGAAUAUACUGAGCAAAAUCCACCAUUACUAUCAAAUGUUGGUAUGGGUAUGAAAAUUAGAAAUUAUUAUAGAAAGAAAUCAAACCAUGACAGUGCAAAAGAUGUUGAGUUUGAAGAUGGAGAGCUUGUUGUUAUCGAUAGUAAUGAUGACUCACCAUUUUUGGGUGAUAUAUACCCAGGCCAAGCAGUUCAAGCAGUAGUUAAUAAUCUUUACAAAUCACCAGUCUAUAAACAUAAUUCGAGCAAUACAGAUUUUCUUUUGGUUAGAUCUCGUGAUGGUAAACGUUGGUAUAUUCGUGAUUUAGGUCCAGUUUAUUCAGCAGGUCAAAUGCUCCCAGAAAUUGAAGUACCAGCCCCAAAUUCAAGAAGUGCCAAUAUGUUUUUAAAGAGUAGACUUCAAGCCUAUAUCUAUCGUUUAUUCUUGAAAAAAAGUAACAGUCAACGUCGUCUUAAAAUAACAGAUAUUUGUUCAUCUUUUCCAUCCCAAUCCGAAACCUCGAUUAGAAAGAGAUUAAAAGAUUGUGCCGAUUUUCAACGUGGUGGUGAUGAUAGUGGUUGGUGGACUGUCAAAGAUAAUUUCCCAUUACCCACCGAAGAAGAGCUUCAAAAACUUGUUACACCAGAGGUGGUUUGCGCCUAUGAAUCAAUGUUGAUAGGUCUUCAAAGACUCCAAGAUAAUGGUAUCAUUCAUUUUACUGCACAAGGUACUAUUCCAACAAUUUUAGGUGGCUUGGAUGAAGAUGAUCCAAUUAAGAAAUCUUAUAAACCAGUUGAAGAUGAACUCUCAAUUACUCCAUGGAAUUUAACAGGUAGUUUCCAAGCAGCAAUGCAAGGUAAAGGAAGAAUGCAAAUUAUUAGCGAAGAUCCUACAGCUAGAGAAGAUGAAUUUUGUUAUUUAAAAAUGCCUCAAAAAGUUGUUAAUCAAAAGCAAAAGGCUAUCAAGCUAGCAUUACAAAAGAACCAGGUAACUGGUACCGAUGCAGAUUUAAGAAAGCUUUCAUUAUCUGCUUCAAAAACUGUACUUUUAGAAUUAGGUGUUUCAGAAGAAAAAAUUAAUAGUUUAACACGUUGGCAAAGAAUUGAUUUGGUUCGUAAAAAAUCUAGUGAGGCAGCUUUAGCUAGUGAUAGUAAUGCAGCAAUGACAAAGUUUGCUCGUGGUUCCAAGUAUAGUUUAGAUCAUCAACAUCUUCAAUAUAAAGAACAAUGUCAAUUGGUAUUUGAUAAUCAAAUGAAAGCAUUAAAGGGAGAGGACCUCUACGAAGAUGAAUUAGAUCCCGAUUUUGAAGAUUUGCAAAAAGAUUUAGAAGAUAUAUUGGACAGUGGUGGAGAAAGUAAUAAUAAACAAAAAUCAAAUCCUAAUGGUUCAAAAGUUACUGGUAAACGUUCAAGGAGUAUGUUUGGUGAAGAGGAUAUCGAUGAAGAAAAUGAAGAAGAUGAACAAAAUAAAUUACAAGGUUCAUCAACAAAAGAUGGAGAAGAUAAAGAAGUGUCAAAAUCGACGAAUAAACCUGAUGAGGAUGACUUAACUCAAGGUAAUAGAAUUUUUGUUAAAAGAACAACAUUAUUCCAAAAACCAGAUGGCACAUUAUAUAGAAGAAUUGAAAUCAUUAGAGAUCCAAAGGCUGUUGAAGAUUAUCAAAAGAAGAAACCAGAUCAAUUUAAUCAAGAUAGAAGGAAGUUUGGUAAAGUAAAUGAAGAGGAUGAGGAGAGAAAGAAGGAAAGAAGAAAGUUAGAAUCUAAAAUUAGAAAAUUAAAGAGAUCAGAAUCAAGAGACAUGGAUCCAUUCUCAUUAAAUAAUAUGAGUGCCAGCUCUGGUGGUAUUGCAACAAUAGGAUCAAGCAGUAUGAUUAAUAUCAGUGCAGGUAAUAUACCGGUUCCAAAUAAACCAGUUCCACCCAAUCGUAAUAAUAUGGAUAGAGAUUAUAAUAACAGUGGUAGUAGCCAUCAUCACCAUCAUCAUAGCCACAGAGAUCCAAGUAGUCAACAAAGAAUUAAUGUUGUUAUUCCUGGUCAAUCUAACGAAAUGGGCUCAAGUUCAAAAAUUAGAGUUAAAGAAAAUAGUAACUUACCAACAAACAGUAGUCAUAGAGGUGACAGAGAUCAUCACAGAGAUUCCUCGCAUAGAAGUGAAAGAGACAGAGAACACAGAAGUGAUAGAGAUUCAUCCCAUAGAAGUGAUAGAGAUUCACACAGAAGUGAAAGAGAACAUAGAAGUGAUAGAAGCGAUAGAGAACAUAGAGGUGAAAGAGAUCAUCACAGAGAGCAUGGAAGUAGUCAUAGAAGCGAUAGAGACCACCAUAAAGAAUCAUCAUCGCAUAGAAGCGAUAGAGAGUCAUCACAUAGAGAUUCAUCACAUAGAGAACAUAGAGAUUCAUCACACAGAAGCGAUAGAUCAAGAGGUGGUAGUCGUGAUCAUAGACCAGAUCAUCAUAGAAACUCGACUGAGCCUAAAGAAAAUACUCAUGAAAGUUUACCACUUUCACAUAGCACAAAUCAAUCACCAACUCAGGUUGGUCUUGUCAUUAAAUUUCCAACCAAUAAAGAUGAUCAAAAAGAUCUUAACUCAUCAACCAAUUCUACAUCAUCAAUGACAUCAUCCAAUAGAAAGAAAAGAACAUUAGACCAAUCAAAUGGUGAUCCUUUAUCCGCUAUACCAGAGUCAUCAGCAGGACGUCGUAAUAGAGUUAGAAAAGAUGGUGGUGGAGCAGAGGUCGAAUUAUCAAAUAUUUUUGAAAGUAUUUUAGAAAAACUUAGAUCAAAUGAAGAAUUUCUUGCAUUCAAAUAUAAGGUCACACCCAAAGUUGCACCAGAUUAUCAUACAAUUAUUAAAAAUCCAAUUGAUCUUACUACCAUGAGGGAAAGAAAUCGUCAAUGGGAGUAUAAAUCCAAAUCUCAAUUUAUGGCAGCAAUAAAACUGAUGGUUUCAAACUGUUUCCAAUAUAAUGAACACAGAUACUCUUAUUUAUUACCAAUUGCUGAAAAACUCCAACAAACAGCCUCAAAUCUUUUAUCACAACAUGACUCAACAAUUGCUGAAUUAGAAAAAUCAAUUGAACAAACUACACUCAAGCAAUCUUCAUCGAACCUGUUAUCAUCCUCCGAUCAUAAUAAUGGCUCAACUCCUGCAACACCAAUUUCACUUAAUACACCAAACCUAACAUCAAACUCUCCAUUUUUUCCUCCAGUUGACCAAUUACCAUCUAAAGCUCAUCAUAGCGCCGAGGAUGAAGAAAUUGAUAUUGUUUCGCUUUAUGAAAGUGGUGUUUCACCAUCUGUAAAAAAUUUUAACUAAAAAACAAAAUAAAAAUAAUCC